GGUUUGUGAAAAGUUGGGAAAAGGAAUUUAAGAUGCAAUUAGAAAAGAAUAAAGUAUAACGAUCCUGCCGAAAGAAACGGAAACAGUGACCACUGAGUGAAGCAAAGACGAAGGAGUUUACCCUUCAUACAAAUCGCCUGUGUUGUGUUUGUGUGUGUGUGUGUGUCUGUGUGCGCUUGACUCGUUCGCUUCACGAUUAAUGUAGAGAGUGGAGCUGUUUGCCGUGCCGCAUCGUGCAGCCCAGUGCUGAAGGAUGCUGUUUACCAGCAAGGCACAAACAAGCAGCUUCGAGCCUGGAGUUUGUGGGAAAAAGCGAUUAAACACUCCACCCGCGGCUCGGGGAAGGUUUCGCUUCCGGUUCCAGGGCAGCAUCCCAAGUGGUUGAGUGAAAUUCUGGCCCCCAAAUCGAGUCGAGACAUCUGGCCCGUGUGGUGUGCGUGUUUUCUCGUGUUAUUUGCGCUUCCCUAUUUCACCGCUUUCUGUAUGCUCCACCGCUCCCGCAAGCGUGUGAGUGGGCGGAUAUAUGGGUGCCGUACGUACGUGUGUAUGUAUAGUGUAGUGGUGCUGGAAACAGGCAUCAAGGCGCCUCGAUGGCUGCCGGUGGCUGCAGCCGAGUAAAAGCAACUGCGAGCGACAGAGCAAGAGCGCUCCCGUGCGUGAAAGGAAGCAGACGCAUUCGAGUGGAAAGUUGGAAAGUGAAAACGUGACUCGCAGUGGGAAAACACGUUUUCAGAACGUUCUGUAGCGAGGGCGGCAAUUGACAGAACGGGUUAAGCCCCCUGGCCAGUGAAACAACUUUGCUUUGGGAGUGUAUGAAGGGGAAAAGUGAGAAGAAAAACGUAAAACAGCAAACGGCAGAAGUGAUAAUGCGAAAGUAGCUGCGAUCCCCAGAACAGUGGCCAGUGGUAUCUUAUUGCAAUAUUGGACCCGUUUGACCCCGGUUGGUAAAAAAAGCCUGUUCACGGCGUAGUGACCCGCUUUCCUGGACACUGGCGAUGCACCUCCAGAGCUUCAAUCUGGCCGCGCGUGGCUAGUGCGGCACUAAAAAAAACAACACAACCCGGGCAAAUUAUCACCAUCUGUGUGGGUGCCACGGAACGACUUCUUGACACGACAACAAGCGCCCAACAAUCAACACGACCGGUCCUGGAGAGCCCUCUCCCCUUGGGGGGAAGGACGGCAGAAUGUCCUCUCAAAGCUCACGCCACCCUCACCACCACCCAGCAGCAACCUACUCGCUCGCGUUUCAAGUGGUGCCGGAAUUAAACAUCACACCAGCAACGCCAGCUCCGGUUCAGCAGCACGUUCGUGGCGUGGCGUCGUGGGUCGCGUAUUAUGCACGCGCUUAAUUGUGUUGCCUAGCAGAGGCUGCCCGGGUGGCUGUUUCGGGGUUGUGGCCGGGCGUGACGAAAUUAAAAUCACUUUAUUGCUCCAGGCGAUCCUCGGCCGGCCUCCAAGAACGGGAAAGAAUCCCACCGUGGUACGUGCUCAUCCUUAAGCAGUGUGUCCAGUGGGUGUGAGUGAGUGUCUCUCUGUGCCCGACCGAAAGGUGUGCGUGUGGUGACGGUCGCGCAAAUCAAACGUAAAUCAAAGCAAGCGGUGUGAAAGUGUCCCGCAGUGGUUGUGCUGUCGUUGGAAAUGUCAUUCAUAAUUACUUCUUCAAAGACGCACCAAGGCAGGAGGAUGGCCGCAGUGUACGAACCGGUGUGGUGGGAGUGAAACGUGUACUUGUGUGUGUGUGUGUGUGUGUGUGUGUGUGUGCGAUGGUUGUACUGUGCCGGUACGAAGACAUUAGAUAACUGCCACAACUUCCCAAAAAAGUUCGUAAAAUGAGGCUCCAACAGUCGUUUGGGGCAUUCCGCUGGCGAUAGCUCGGGAAAGUGUAAAAAGUGAGUGUACGUGUGUGUGUGUGCCGUCUCCUCCCUUUUCUGGAACCUUCACCGGGUCGAGUCGGUGCUCCGCGUGUGUGUGUGCGAAGGGAGUUGUGUGUACAGGAAGGAUCGUGCUUCAUUUCCUGAUCCUGCACGUGUGGUGCCAGCGUUUGCCUGCCUCAGCGAUGCCGUACCGGUGGGACGCGUACGCACUGUUACUGCUGGCGCUGACGGUCAGCUGGAGCGCGCUGCCCCCGGCGACCGGCUGCCCGGCGGAGGUGUGCGUGUGCAAGUGGAAGGGCGGCAAGCAGACGGUGGAGUGCGGUGGCCGCUUCCUAAACCGGCUGCCGGACGGUAUGGAUCCGGGCACGCAGGUGCUCAACUUCUCCGGCAACAGCCUGACGAUACUGCAGAGCGAGCGGUUCCGCAAGAUGGAGCUGAUCAACCUGCAGAAGAUCUACCUGGCCCGCAACCAGCUGGUCAAAAUACACGACCGGGCGUUCCGGGGGCUCACCAAUCUGGUCGAGCUCGACCUGUCCGACAACACGCUGUCGGAGGUGCCGACGGAAACGUUCCAGGACUAUGCGGCCCUGAUGCGGCUGUCGCUGAGCGGCAACCCGAUUCGGGCGCUGCGGGCAAGCGCCUUCAAGCAGCUGUCCUACCUGACGACGCUCGAGCUGAGCAACUGCCAGAUCGAGCUGGUCGAGGACGAAGCGUUCAUCGGGAUGGACAAUCUCGAGUGGCUGCGGCUCGACGGCAAUCGGAUCACGACGAUACGCGGGGCGCACGUGCUGCCCGAGUCGCUGCACGGCAUCAAUCUGCAGAGCAACCGGUGGCACUGCGACUGCCACCUGACGGACGUGUACACCUGGCUGAACAGCUUCAACGUGCCGCAGCGGGAGGAGAUCAAGUGCAGCGGGCCGGCGAGGCUGGCGGGCGAAACGGUAAAGACGCUGACGCUCGACGAUCUCGCCUGUCUGCCGGUGGUGACGCCCGAGACGUCCUACCGCGAGAUUGCCGAGGGGCGUAACAUCUCGCUCGACUGCCGGAUAGUGGCAACGCCCGAGCCGACGGUGGCGUGGCUGUUCCAGGGCCAGGUGCUGCUGAACGAUAGCUUCCUGUCGCCCAACCUGCACCUCUACUACUUCGUCGACGAGCUCGACGGGGCGAAGCAUAGUGAGCUGUUCAUCUACAACAUCAACGCGGACGACAAUGGGACGUACUCGUGCGUGGCGGAAAACUCGGCCGGCCGCGUGCAGACCAACUACACGCUGCACGUGAUCGUGAAGGAGGAGCCGGUGGUCGAGCAGGUGACGUUUUCCGAGGAGUACUUCCUGGCGAUCGUGGCGGCGAGUGCUGCGACGGCCGUGCUGCUCGCCCUGCUCUGCUGCAUCGUCGCCUGCAAGUGUGCUCGGGGGCGUCGCGCAUCGGGCAGUGGCGCGAAGAAGCCGCGCGGCGCCAAGGGUGCGACCGCCGAUGGGUUGGGUGGGGUACCGGCCGGCCAGCAAAAGUGUGCCUCGAUUACGCACGACCUCGGGGAGCCGCUGACGGCGGGCAAGCUGAACGGUGCGCUCGGGCUGGGCGACGGCAGCAACCCGCAGGACAUCGUGCUCUACCUGAACGCGAACCCGAACGGGCUGGACAAGGCGGCGCUGAACAACAUGACGGCGAUGGCGCAGUUCUGCAGCCCACCGUCGGCCCGCAGCUACCAGGACCAGAACCCGGACCUGAUCAACGAUGCGGAGAGUGGGCAGCACAAGGCCCGGCCCCGACCGGACGCGAUCGAUUCGGACCUGGGCGAGAAGGACUCGGACGAGCAGAGCAGUGUGCAGGACGGUGGCAGUGAGGUUAGCUUCCAGCAGCAGCAGCACCAGCAGCAGCAGCAACAGCAGCAAGGUCAGGGACAGGGUCCCUACUAUCCACCGAUGGUGUUGCGGGGUCCGCGCUUCGCCUCCUCCGCGCUCUCCACCCUGCCGCGCGGUGGAACGGCAGCGCUCGGCGGGAAGGACCUGUCCGCCUACCAGCAUCAGGUCGAUAUCCAUCUCAGUCCGGGCUGCUUCCUCGACCAGAACGGCUACCCGGUCGAUCUGAGCCUGAUGGCGGCCCCGAGCGGGCCACCGGUCAACUACUACCGCACGUUACCGCACAAAAAGCACCAGCAGCAGUUGCAGCAGCAGCAGCAGCAGCAGCCGGGUGGCCCCGGGAAGCCCAUCGCUCGGUACGCGAACGAUGCCGAGUUUAUUAGCCGCACACAAUCACCAGCCGCCUAUCAGAUGUACGCCCCGACCGACGUGCGGUACACGGCCGAGGGCUACCCGCAGCACGAGCACGGCCAGUUCCCUUCCCCGCCGGACGGCUACAAGGGCGAGGUGCACCCGGUGGCCUACAUGAGCUCGGCGGCGGCUGCGUCGGCCGGCUUCUGCGUGGGGCCGGCGCCUGGGCCGCCCCAGCAGUGGCCCACCUUUCUGCCCGGGUUCCAUCCGCAGCUCAUCCCCAUCAUGGCACCGGCCGGCGGUGCCCUGCUAGCCUCUCCCAUGAUGCCAUCCCCCAGCGGUCAGCAGCAGCAGCAGCAGCAACUGUUGAGCAGUCCACAGACGCAGCCGGGCAGUGCGCUGAAAAAGUGUUCGGUGGGUGCGCAAACGUCCGAGCUGGACAAGGACAUCAUACCGGAGCAGCGCGAAGAGGAGGAAGAGGAAGAGGACGAGCACGAGGGGGGUGGAGGCGGUAGUACGGUGAAGCUGCGGCAUCUGACUGGCCCGCUGGCGGACAGCCCGGACGAAGGGUACGUCGGCGACAGUCACGAGACGAGCGACAUUUGACAGCAACCCAUGCACGACCCGGGCCUGCUGCAGCACCAUCACCAUCAGCAGCAGCAGCAGCACCGGCACCCGCAGCAUCAGCUCGAAUCGGACGAUGUGCCGUUAUAAGAAUAGCGAUGGGCGGUAAGGUCCCGUGCCGUGCGGGUUUUAGUGUUUUUUGUACAUUUGUAGCAUAACGUAGAACGCCACUUAGAACGUGUAAGGGGGGGAGGGAAAACUGAUCGGAAAAAUCGUGCUGGGGUUUACACAACGAGCGAGCGGUUCAAUUGUGUGCAGCCGUGUUUGUUUGUGAGCAGUGCAGCAAGGGCUUGGGUUAGCAGUUUGACGGGGUAAGUUAAUCAUAGCCUAAGUUUAGAAUGGAAACAAUUCUGCACUAGAACUAUGGCUCGUUGCUUCCAAUCGUUUUGGUUCAAAGAAAUAGGUGGUUUUGUUGUAAAAUUGGCAACUAGCUUGAAGUAAUCAGUUUCUGAAUCAUAACAAGACAUUAAAGGCAGCUUAAAAUGAUAUUUUUUGAAGGAAAAUAGGAAAACAUUAUUUUAAAGUAAUUCAUUUAGUUUGAACAUACUACUAUUCAUAUAAGCUUUGAAUUGAUUCAUAAUUUGAGAUGAAUCAUUAAGAUAAUUGUAAUAAUUUGAACAAAUUCAUAUAAUCAUGAUGAAGUUGUAUUCUUCGAUUAGUUUACGUUUUAAUCAUUAGUUUUACAGAACGUUUAAACAGAAUAUUGAUGAGUAUCUUCAUACACUUCAAAACUCGCCUUUUCUUGUAUUUUUGGUCAUUUUCUUGUCAUAACUUCCAUUUUAUUUUACCUUUUUGUGUACUUAUCUGCACAAACUCUUUUACAUAAACCGAAUCUGACUGAUUUUUAAACAUUCUCGUUGGAUUAAACCGUUUCUUCGCCAUACACUUUAGAUCAUUUAUUCAGGUUUCAUGCCGUGUAGUGAUGCGAUAGUGAUUUAGCCGGUCUCAUGGUACAGUCGUCAACUCGUACGACUUAACAACAUGCCCGUCAUGGGUUCAAGCCCCGAAUAG